CCGACCGAAAGCGAAGGCAAGGCAGUGCCUCUACAGAACGCGACGUCGCCCGAGUGUGAAAGUGCUACAUUCGCUAUCAGAUGUGACGUUUUCUCUCGUUAGCUUGCGGAAGAGGAUUAAAAUGGAAUCUCCAAUGUGACAGAGAAUCUCAAGAAUGGUUCAUUCAACUAAGCGUGGCCACUACGUGGCUGAGUCACCAACAGUCAACACCUCCAGAGGUGAUAGAGCUGUAUACUGGACAGAUGGAGAAGAUAGUGUAGCAAGUGUUCAUAAGCAAUCCCGUUCAAACCGACAUGACAAUGAUGGAUCUGAUAUUUAUGUUACAAGUGGAGCUUAUCGAGCACCAUCUGAACACAGCCGUGGUUCAUUAUACAGCCCGAGCCACUAUUCAUACCACAGUGGUGGACCCCCAAGCAGACACAAUAGAAAUUGUGUAUCUCCAUCAGAACUUUCUACAGCCAAGAGUGUGAAAAGCAAGACAUCUCGAAAAGGUGCUCUAGUUGUGGAGACAAUGUCAGCACCUAACCCUUUUUGCCCAAAUACACGAGGCAUGUGCUGCCUCAUGCUGCUUCUUAAUUUAGGUCUGAUACUUGUAACUCUUGGAUUUGUCGUGGUGAUUCAGUUCUUUGAGCCACUUUUUGUUUGGAUCCUGGGAAUAAUAUUCCUCAUAUUUGGCUUCUUAACGUUAAUAGGAAGUCUAAUCUAUUGUGUAUCUGUAUGUAAGGAUGCUAAAUCACCAAAAGAUGUGAAUCCAGAGGAUUUAUACUGGACUCGUCAUUGGCAGAAGCAAAUUGGUUCAUCUGAAAUUCAUUACAAAGCAGAAGAAAAAUAUCCUGAAGAUUAUUAUAGUGACAGAUAUUCUGUAAGCAAAUAUUCUGAAAGAGGUACUGAUAGAGGAUAUCAGAGUGAUCAAUAUUCAACUAGCAAGUACUCUGCAAAAGACCGAAAUAGAUCAAAUGACUAUUGACCUAAUAAUUAUGAUAAAAUAAUGAUUAUUUCAUAAAAUAUCAUAAUUAUAAAAUAUCAUACAGUGAUAAAAUAAUUAUGAUAAAUUAUAUUUAGUAGUAAGAACAUGAAAAAAAGAAGAAAAAAGAGAAAAAAAGAAAAGAAAAAAGAUAUUUCACCAAAUCUAAGACUUUUAAUGUCAAAAGUCUGCUAUUAUCAGAACAGUUGAUUGAUAAAUGGGGCAUCAUCAACACAAAUGUAAUAGGAAAAAUUAUUUUUAAAGAACAAAUUCAACCACUAACAAUGAAAAGUUUCAUGUUUAAUAUCAUAUUUAGAGAACUACGCAAUAUAAUUUUAAAAAUAGAUUACACAUACGAAUCUGAGAAAACAAAAACGUUCAAUGCCCAGGAACUUCAAAUUUUGAAGAGCAUGCAAAAAGGUUCUAAGUUCUGGGCAUCAAACAUUUUUUCUUCAAAUAAGCACCUGAAGGACACUCUACACAUGCCACACCGUUCACAGACAAUGAACUUUUAUGCAUGGAAAGUUAAAUUUAUAUUUUAAGAACAGUUUUCCACAAUUAACUCUAAACCUGCAAAAUGUAACAUUGAACCUUUUUGUUUGCAGUGAUUGAUAUAUCAUGAAUACACAUUGCACAUAAAGAGCUCAAUUAAAAGAACACUAAUGUUAGAAGGUCUGUGUGUGAAGUGAACAGAAAAACAUUUUUUUUUU